GGCUAUUACCUGUGUCUGGUAUAUUGCAUUACAUUCAUUCUUCAAGUCGAUGUCCAUAAUAUUAUAUCCUUUAUAGACCAUUUCAAGGAAGUAAACAAAAACAAACGCGCUGCAAUGCUACUGCGCAUGUCUGGUCCUUAAGCAUUUCCGGUGGCGCCAUUUUUAAAUCACAAAGCUGUCAAAACAAAAUGACUAGCGCAUAUUUUUUAAGUCUAGCUAAAACAGAACAGUUAAGAUAUUUACAAAAACUAAAAAUAGAUGAUAACGUGGAAUUACCGGACCCUUUAAAUCAAACACUGAGGCGACAACUUUUCACUCAGAACGUUAAACGUUUACCUAAAGUAACUUAUCCAGACGUGUAUCAUUAUCUAGUUGAGACAGAGUGCGUCUACACGAAAGAAGCAGUAAAGGCAUAUCGUAGUCUGGAUGCUUACAAUUACUUCCUUAGCGGAAAAGUUGGAAACAUUUGUUCCUACAAUGUGGACGAUUUUUUUCUUGUGUUUGGUGAAGUCGGGGCAAGUCAAACGUUGUCGAAAACAUACUCUGCGUGGUUCGUUGCUAAGGUGAACCGGGGAGGUUAUUAGUGGGCAUUGCACUUGCAUGGCCGGGUAAGUUUGUAUGUCUAUGCGAACAAGACGUACUGAAUUCUAGUAGUAAACUAAUUGUUGUGUUCCAUUAUUACCUAUUACAUACGUAAUUAUUUCAUACGUUUCUAAAUGUUUGUGGUUAGGUGAAGUGUGUAGCCAUGUUGCUGCGAUUCUCGUUGCUGUGGAACAGUGUGUGAGAGAGGGUUUUAAUGCUCCAUCUGUGACAUCUGAGCCCUGCAUGUGGUCAUGAAUAAACAAGAAGAUUGAUCCAAAACCAGUGGCAGACAUUGACUUUUCCAAGCCUGUCAGACAAAGGCCAGUUCAGAGUAGGGAGCCCGUCACAUCUACUGUAGUCACACCAGUCUCACCAAGCAUGCUUUUUAGGUCCUUGAAGAAUGAGAUCCCAGACUGUGCACUGUUCACCACUAUAACUUUUGGUAGUGACACAGACACUGCAUCUGAGGGAGAGCAGGAGAGCACAGGCAGGGUUGAUAGUCUGACUACAGCUGAGGCAGAUUCUAAUAUGGAAGCACAAGUGAUGGUUCAGAGUGACACACCUUGUACUGACAGCACUGUAGAUGCUAGCAUGCCAAAACCCCUUACACAUCUGUUUGAUGAGAAGCAUAGUUUGCUGUCACAAGCUGAACUACAAAAGGAGUUGGAUAAAAUCAUGCAAACCAUCCCUGCUUACUUUAGUGAACUGAAUUGUAACCAUCUCCAGAAGAGUACACUGGGUCAGUCCUCUUGUAAACAAUGGUUUGAGCAGAGACAGGGCCGAAUCACUGCAAGUCACUUUAACGAAGUGUUAAAAUGCAAGACAAGUCAUGUUAGCGUGACAUCUAAAAUCAUGGGCUACACAUCAAGCAGAAAUGCACCAGCCUUAGCUUGGGGUAAGAACAGUGAAAAACUAGCUAGAGAAGCCUUUUCUUCAAACCAGAUGACUUGUCAUGACAGCUUAUCAGUGGAAGAAGUUGGAUUGGUAGUAAAUCCAAAGUUUCCUCAUUUAGGCGCCAGCCCAGAUGGAAUAGUUCAUUGCAAAUGCUGCCCACCUUCUACACUUGAAAUAAAAUGCCCCUUAAAAUAUGCAAAUAUGUCCAUAACUGAUGCAAAUUAA